UGUGCCCUGUAGCACUUCAUUGAAGACGCUACUAUGUUGAUGGGAGAUGUAGUUAAUCCACCUCCAUGACAGAUAAACCAUGUCUGCUCCAGCUGAUGAAACUGCAGGAGACCUGCCUGUGAGAGAUGUAGGUCUAAAUCUAGCUGGAAUUGGAGGAUUACAAGAAUCAUCAGCUGCCCAGAAUGUGAAAGCUCGGCAAGCUGUCUCACGGAUUAGUCGUGAGGAGCUAGAAGACCGUUUCCUGCGUUUGCAUGAUGAAAACAUCUUACUUAAGCAACAUGCACAUAAGCAAGAAGAUAAAAUUAAAAGAAUGGCCACCAAGUUAAUUCGGCUUGUUAAUGACAAGAAAAGAUCUGAGCAGAUUGGUGGUGGCCCCAAGCGGUUGGGCCAGGAUGUGGAGCUUGAAGAAAUGAUUGAGCAGCUGCAAGAGAGAGUUCGUGAGCUCGAGAAACAAAAUGAAGGCAUCCGCAAGAGGCUCAUUUCAACCAAACAGCAGCUCCAAGUUCAAGGCCAUCGGCACACUCCAUACAACUAUGUUCAAUCUCGCAUUAACACUGGUCUCAGAAAAGUGAACGAGGGUGUCGCCAUCCAAGAUCGCACAAGGAAAGGAAUGAGAUUUCAGGAUGUAGAACUGAGAUCCCCCCAACCCAUGCUUCCAAGAUACGGACAUAGUUUGCUUGAAGAAGCAAGGGCUGAGAUAAGAAAUUUGGAAAACGUGAUUGAGUCACAAAAGGGACAGAUUGAAGAAUUGGAGCACACUGGAGAGGUACUAAGGAGUCAGAUAAGGAAGAAGGAAAAAGAGUUUGAAGAAUCCGUUCUGCAACUGAAAGAGCAACAAGCAACAGGGCAAAGGUUAAACAUUCGGGACAAUGUGGAAAUGAUAAAGCUCCACAAACAACUGAUGGAGAAAGGCAAUGCUUUCUCAGCAAUGGAAGAGAAAUUUCUUCAGCUUCAAGAGAAUCAAAGGAACCUUAAGGCCAGCCAUGAUGCUUUAAUGGCAAACGGGAAUGAACUCAAUCUGCAGCUUAAAGAACAGCGUUUAAAGUGCCUUCAUCUUGAGCGAGAAUUACAGUCGAUGACUUUUUCAAAACUAAGGAUAGAAGAGUUGCAGGAUAGAAUUAAUGACCUAGAAAAGGAGAGGGAUCUUUUAAAGGAAAAUUAUGAUAAACUAUAUAACAGUGCCUGCAGUGUGAGCCAUGAACAGCAAUGGAAGUUAAAGGAACAGCAACUGAAAUUACAAAUUGCUCAGCUUGAGACUGCCUUAAAGUCUGACUUAGCAGACAAAAGUGAAAUCCUUGACAGAAUGAAACUAGAAAGAGACCAAAAUGAGAAGCUGACCCAAGAGAACAAAGAACUGCAAUUGCAUUAUCUGGAACACAAGCAACAGCUAGAUGAACUGAAAAAUCGCAUGAAGUUUUUCACCAAGGAGAGUGAUACUGAAAUGGCAGAACUCAGUGAAGCCCUCAUGCUUAUAAAGGUUCGCAAACAGCAGAAGAAUGGGGACCUUACCUUUUUAGAGAAAAUAGAAGAUGACAUCCAUAAAGACAUGGAAUACGCCAUGCGGGAGCUUCAAGCAACACAUGCAGAAACAGUGCAAGAACUUGAAAAGACACGGAAUAUGUUAAUUGUGCAGCAUAAAAUUAACAAAGAUUAUCAGACUGAAGUUGAAGCAGUGACGCAGAAGAUGGAGGGUUUACAGCAAGAUUAUGAGUUAAAACUUGAACAGUAUGUCCAUCUUCUUGACAUUAGGGCUGCACGCAUCCGAAAAUUAGAAGCUCAACUAAAGGAUAUUGCCUAUGGUACCAAACAGUACAAAUUCAGACCAGAAAUCCUGCCAGAGGAUCCAGUAGAUGAAUUUGAUGAAACUGUCCACAUAGAAAGAGGAGAAAACCUGUUUGAAAUUCACAUCAGUAAAGUGAUAUUUUCUACAGAAGCUGUGCAUGCUUUUGGUGACCAGGAACCUGCGACUUUCUGUACCUAUGCAUUCUAUGACUUUGAACUACAGACAACCCCAGUAGUUCGUGGUCUUAAUCCAUCCUAUAACUUCACUUCACAGUAUCUUGUGCGCAUUGAUGACUUUUUUUUGCAAUACAUACAGAAAAGCACUAUCACUCUUGAGGUUCAUCGUGCCUUAGGCACAGAUUAUGAAACCGCUGCAGCAUGUCAGCUGAGGUUCCAUGAAAUCUUGGAAAAUAAUGGCAGGAUCUAUAGUACAGCAAUUUUAGUUGGAAAUGGAGGACAUAUCCCAAACUAUGGCACAGUGGAUUACUGGGUCAGGUUACGAGUUCCUAUGGAUCAGGCUAUCAGACUCUACAAAGAGAGGUCAAAAGCUCUGGGAUACAUAACAUCCAAUUUAAAGGAACAUGAAAAAGCCCCACAGUUAAAGCAACCGAUACACAGAACUGCCCAAGUCAGCACUUCAGCAGAUGGCGACUUAAAUGAGCUUCAUAUUACAAUAAAAUGUUGUAACAAUCUCAAGUCCCGAAAAAACCACCGUCAGCCGAAUCCUUAUGUUGUCUACAAGUUCUUUGAUUUUGCAGACCAUGAUACUCCCAUCAUUCAUAGCAGCAACAGCCCUCAAUUUGACGAUCACAUGUGUUUUCCAGUGCCAAUGAAUGCAGAUUUAGACCAAUAUUUAAAAUCGGAAUCUUUGACUUUUUAUGUGUUUGAUGAUGGUGAAACAGAAGAAAGUGUUUAUGUAGGGAAAGCCAUUGUUCCUCUUAUCUCUUUAGCGCAUGACAGAUAUAUUUCAGGUACAUUUGAACUAACAGAUUCUGAAGGACAUUCUGCUGGCACCAUCAACGUUGAACUAAAAUGGAGGUUUGCCUAUCUACCUCCAAGUGGAUCAGCAGUGGCAGCAGACCUAGUGAGUUACAUCCAAAAUGAAAAAUCGAUGGCAACUAAAUUACCUGUGAAGGAGGAAGUGCCGACUCUAACCCUGACCCCUUCUUUUACUUCAUCAAUGACAGCACCAAAGCCCAAACCAAGACAGCGUACUGCUCUAGCAGACAAGAAAGUGUCUUUUAUGGAUGUCAGCAUACUACAGAUUCCAAGCCCUAUUGCUGAUGAAGACAAUGAAGAAAUUUCACAGAAAAUUAAGGCUGAUACACCCACUGUUUCAAAUGUUCCAGAGGUUAUACAGGAAACAGUGGCAGAUGAUAAAGUAAAGGAAACUUCUGGAGAAAUUCAGCAGGAAAAAGAUGACCUCUCUCAGCUAUCUGAGGGUCAAUUGGCUGACCAGAGCUCGGCUACUUCUGGAGAUGAAACAGAAAUAACUGAGGAAUUGGAACCAGAAGAUCAAGAUAAUAGACAGGCAACUGAUGCCAUGGAAUCAAUAAUAACUGACAGUGAUGACUGUAUUGUUCCUAGCCCAGUGUCCAAGAAUAUUAAACAGUCAAUAGAAAAAAUUCGGAUUGAGAUUAUAUCCCUAAGUCUCACUGAUUCCCGAGUUGCAAUGGAUGACACAAUACAGCGACUGUUUGUAGAAUGCAGAUUCUACAGUUUCCUUGCAGAAGAGACACCAGUGUCACUUCCUAAACCAAAAAGUGGACAGUGGGUUCACUACAAUUAUAGCAAUGUGAUUCACGUGGAUAAGGUGAAUAACCAUGCAAGGAGAGAAUUCCUAAAGUCUGUACUUCAAGAAUCAGAGUUGAAUACUGGCAGCAUACGAUUUACAGUGGUUAGUGACCCUCCAGAAGAUGAACAAGAUCUUGAGUGUGAAGACAUUGGCUUUGCUUACGUCAGUCUAACGGAGAUAUUUCAGAAAGAAAAAGACAUAAUUGAGCAAGAUAUUGAUGUUUUCGAUUCACAAGAUGAUAGUGCAGUAAUUGGAAAGCUCAAAGUAACAGUGGAGGCCCUCCAUGCUCUGCACUCAGUCUAUGAGGAACACAAAGAUGACUAG